UUUCCUAGUUUCUAUUUAAAGCAACAUAUAAUUUCUCGAAUGCAUAAUUUCUCUUGAAAUCAAGCCAAGAUGUUUGACUUAAUCUCCAUUGCCACCUUAUUCUUUGUUAUUAUCUCCACCACCAUCCUCCUCCUCUCCAUAAACCACUUCAAAAAACCACCACAUCUCCGCCGCCGUCUCAGCCUCCCACCAACCCCCUUCGCCCUGCCAAUCAUCGGCCACCUCCACCUCCUCGGCCCCAUCAUCCACCGCUCCUUCCAUGACCUCUCCUCCCGCUACGGCCCCUUGUUUCACCUCCGCCUCGGCUCAGUCCCAUGCUUCGUGGUCUCCACUCCAGAGCUCGCAAAAGAGUUCCUCUUGACACAUGAGCUCAAGUUCUCAUCUCGCAGGGAUUCCAUCGCCAUCCAACGCCUCACCUAUGACUCUGCAUUCGCCUUCGCCCCUUACGGUCCCUACUGGAAAUUCCUAAAGAAGCUUUGUACUUGUGAUCUUCUCGGCGCUCGUAGUAUCAAUCAUUUUCUUCCCACACGGACCCGUGAACUACACUGCUUUGUUCGACUUCUCAUCGACAAGGCCGUGGCUUGUGAACCUGUCAACAUCACUAAAGAGCUUUCAACGCUCGCCAACAAUAUCAUCUCUCAAAUGAUGAUUGGUGUAAGGUGUUCGGGGACGACAGGAGAGGCUGAGGAGGCUACAACUCUUGCCCGCGAGGUGACGAAGAUAUUCGGAGAGUUUAAUGUGUCGGAUUUUAUGUGGGUUAUCAGGAACUUUGAUUUGCAGGGGUUUAGGAAGAGAGUUGAGGAUAUAUACACAAGGUAUGAUGCGUUGCUGGAAAGGAUUAUCACAAACAGGGAAGAAGUCAGAGAAAAGAACGUACAAGAAAGAAAAUUGGGUGUUGGAGAAGGUCAUCACGUCAAGGAUUUUCUUGAUCUAUUGCUUGAUGUUUUGGAAGAGGACCAUUCGGAGAUUAACUUCAGUAGAGAUAACAUUAAGGGCUUGAUUUUGGAUUUCUUCACCGCAGGAACAGAUACAUCAUCUAUUGCAAUUGAAUGGGCAUUAGCAGAGCUGAUCAACAAUCCAAGAGUGCUCCAAAAAGCACAAGAGGAGAUUGAUAAUGUGGUUGGGAAACAUCGGUUAGUAAGCGAAUCAGACGGUCCAAAUCUUCCAUACAUCCAAGCCAUCAUAAGGGAAGCACUUCGGCUUCACCCUCCAGUCCCCUUGAUCACAAGAAAAUCAAUAGAGGACUGCAUGAUCCAAGGAUACAACAUCCCAGCCAACUCCAUGCUAUUUGUGAAUGUUUGGUCUCUUGCUAGAAAUCCCAAGUAUUGGGAUAGCCCACUGGACUUCUUGCCUGAGCGAUUCUUAAGGCCCGAAAAGGGUGGCCCAGUGGGCCCAACAGAUGUUAAGGGCCAACAUUUCCAGCUAUUACCCUUUGGUACUGGGAGGAGAGGCUGCCCUGGUACUUCUUUGGCCAUGCAAGAGCUGCCUGCUAUGCUAGCGGCAAUGAUUCAGUGUUUCGAGUGGAAGGUUGUGAAUCAGAGUGGGGAUGUGAUGAACGGUGAUGGAGCGCUUGAUAUGACUGAACAACCCGGGAUGACAGCUCCGAGGGCCCAUGAUCUUGUGUGCAUGCCGAUACCACGAAUCGAUCAACUUUAUGCCCUUCUUGAUCCAUAGUUUAUGCUAAGGCAAGGAUUCUCAGUAGUUAAAAUUUUUGUUCCCAAUAAAUUUCUAAUCGCAUGAUUUUGUCGUCAAUAAAAGUUGUGAAAUACAAUCAUACGAUUAAGAAGGCAAUAUGAAUAAGGGUUAAAGAUUUUGGAAUAGAGGAUCUGUACCUUUGUGCUAUGAUUUGCCCAAUAUUGCUCUCUUUAACCUAUUUUUAG